CCUCGCUUUCCCCUGUCCCGUUCCCAUGUUAUCGUAAUGAACAUCUGGUCAUGGAGAAUUGGUGUAGGAGUGUGUAGAGACCUAAAACGAGAUGGAGAACCCAUCACAGAUAAUGGAGACCGUAGAGCAGCUUGUGUCCUUUAACCACAUCCACGUCCAGCUUCUAGGAGGUGCUCCAUGGGGAUUCACGUUAAAAGGGGGACUUGAGCACGGCGAGCCGCUUAUCAUAACUAAAAUAGAGGAUGGGGGUAAGGCUGCCCAGACCAAGAAGCUGAGAGUGGGAGACGAGCUGAUCAACAUUAAUGGCUCUCCGCUGUAUGGAUCACGUCAGGAGGCACUCAUCCUUAUCAAGGGCUCCUACCGCACACUCAAGAUCAUCGUUCGCAGACGCAGUGUGCCUUGCCGUAGGCCCCACUCGUGGCAUCUGGCCAAGCAGGCAGAGCCCCCGAGUGUGACGGGCACUUCCACCAGCCCUUCGGACAUGCAGCUCCACCCUGCCCACUUCCCCACACUUUGGCAUUCCAGCAACAAUAAUAGCGAUCUGUCUAUGCAGUGGAGGCCUCUCUCACGACACCACAGCAAUUCAGGAGGCAGCAUGGAGAGUCUGGAGACCCCGCCCCCACCCAGCCAGAGUUACUUCGAUAGCCAACUGUCACCGGUCGACCCGGCCAUUUUCAACAACAAGAGAGAUUCCGCCUACAGCUCCUUCUCUGCCAGUUCUAACACUUCAGACUAUACAGUGUCCCUGAGACCUGACGAUUCCAGUUCAAUGGACAAUAUCCUGCAGGGCCUGGGUCCAGGUCGCCCAGAGUUGCGGCCACCCUCCUCGGCCAGCGGUCCAGGAGACCUGCAGGAAGAACCUGUAAGUCUCAAAUCGAGGUUGGCCUUUCUCAGGCCUGAGGUAAAGACCAGGCCUUCGUCGUACAGCUACGAGGACGAGCACAGGGGACCCCCACAGCCCCCGGCAAGAAAGGACAGCUUCAGGGCCACCAGAGCCCGGCCAGGGGUAUUAGACAAACGCUGCACGUCUGCCCCUGUGGGUAUUCCUACCCCGCCUAGCUGCCUGGUGGAGGACCAGCAGCGAAGGCACACAAUUUCUGAGAAAGGAAAUGGUUUUGAAAAUGGAAAAAUUGGAAGAUGGAGGGAUUCUAAAGGUAGCAGUUUAGAAACAUACUACAUCAUCACCUCAGACACAGAACCUUGUACACACCAGGGUCAGGAUGGAGAAAGCAAGAACAACCUCCAAGAAAAUCACCUUCAAAAUCUGCUAAAGGGAUCACCCAGUCCAAUGCCCCAACUAACAGAGAGCCUAACGGCAGGAAGUGACACUGAAAAGCCCCUAGAUGUCCAGUUUAAGCCAGAGAACAAUCAUUUAUUUGGCUCUCACCAAUACAGUCCCACUGAGAACCUGCUAGCUACCCAGGUCCAACUGGGUGAGUUCUGUAACGAUCAAAGUGACGGGCCUUUGUCGGACCAUAACAGGUGGUCACAGCCACUCUUGGCACCACCAGAGGAGCAGCGAGACCCUAGCAGCCCAGAUUCCAUAUCUACAAACAAGUGGAGUGGGAGCAGAUGCUCCACACCAGGGUCUAGUGAUAUCCCCAGGUGGGUGAAGCCAAGUGUAGACGCAGAAACCCUGAAUGCGUCGGCUCCCCCGCCACACGUCUGGGGUCGCUCCAUCAGUGUACCAGGUGAACAGGUGAACGGAUUCCCCGGCUCUGCGAGAUCAGCGUCGUCCUACUCACCUGCGUUGGAACAGCAAUUUCAGCCUAUUAGUUCCGCUGUCAGUAUGGACGCCAUGUUAGAAGAAUGCCACGAAAACAAGGAUAGAGGGAGACGAGAUGAAGACGGAGAAAUCCUGAAGCCGUAUCAGAAGUCCAGUGCUGCAAGGCAAUUGCGGUCGUCAAAGUCGCGCCGUCGCAACGAGCGCUUUGCUACUAACCUCCGCAAUGAGAUCCAACGCAAGAAGGCCGAGCUGCAGAAGAGCCGAAGCCCCGUUGGGUUGUUGGAUUGUGGAGAGACCGUAAAGGAGGAGGAGAGCAGUGAUUUCCUGGCAGAGGGAGAAGAAACCCUCAAGAGAGAAGACAUUCUGAUACCACCCCCAGAGAGACAGCCAUCAGAUUAUCCGGGUAACCCUCAUGUGAGCCACUCGGGACAUGAGGAGUUCCCUCCUUCAGAGCAGCUUAGCAAACAACUAGUUCCAACCUCCAGCCAUCCCACUGCCAUUCUCCACCAGCCAUUAGUGUCUCCCCCUCGUGACCAACGACCUUCAGGGCUUGACGCAGCCUGCAUUGUUGAGCACCUGCCCCCUAAACUGGAUUAUGGGAGGAAGGUUGAGGAAGUGAGCGGUGCCAGUAAGGCCCGGCGUUGGCAUUUUACCCCAGAGAACAAGCUCCAGCCUGAGACGGAUCCGGUUGAAAAGAGACGGGUAAAGGGGGAAGCGCCAUUACCCCCAAGCCGUAGCGGUGGACCUCCGAGAACAAACCCACCGCCUUUUAGUCGCUCAUCCAGCCGAAGAGAUGUCGAGAGUGACAUCCUCCCGUUCGCUGACCGCCGGAAGUUUUUUGAGGAGACUAGCCGCAAUCUAAGCCAUUCCGUCUCAAAUCUCUCAAGGAUGAACAUGCCGCCGCAAAAAACAGAGAGGUCGUGGUGUCAGCCCAAUACGUCUACUCUGGAGCCAGCUAGGCCUCCAUCUCAGCAAGCCUUCAGAAGGUUCUCCUACCAGGGAGGCCUCCAGCAGGAUGGGCUUUACAGGUCAACUGGGGACAGCAGAAUGGAUAACAGAAGGCAAUUUGUGAGCGCAAGUCCAGAGAGGAAUAGAGGAAGAGAUAGAGCAUGUGAUAGUGGCGAGGAAAAUGAUCUGGAGAAACUGAGGGAGGCUGCUAGAGAGAAGGUGAGGGAGUUGGAGAAGUUGAGAGAGAUGGAAAGAGAGAUGGAGCUAGAACAAGAAAGAAAAAGAGAAAAGGAGAUUAAAUCAGAGCUUCUGCAGAGGGAAUGGGCGAGGGAAAGAGACCAUGACAGUAAAAUUGAGCGUUUACAGCCAACUGACAAACACUCAGAGCACAUGAACACAUACAACAAAGAGCAGUGGGAAAUGGAAAGUGAAUCUCCGUGGCGUGACCACGGUUUUUACAGUGACUCUGUAGCCAAACCUGUGAUUCAGGACUCCCGCCAUAGACCACACCAUAGUCAGUCCCUGCAACCAUCCCACUGUUAUCAAACCAAUGGCCAUGCCGAUUCUGAUAGCAUUUGCUCUGCCUUUAACCCAGUGGGUGCUCCAGUUCACUCAAACACCCAGAGUACACCGCCUCAAUACACCCUGAGAAGCUACACCCCCCCAGAGGCAUAUCCUGUUAGUGAGCGGGAACAAACAAAACUAAACAGGAAGUUCAGCUUGACUGAGAGGGACUAUGCACAAUGCCGGCAGGACAGGCAUGCAAAUGGUGUUGUUUACCAGGGGUACCAUGGCCAGAGGAGGAACAGAGUUCCUGUUAGCAGCAAGUCCGAUUGCUUUUUUUCUUCGCCGCUUCGCAGCCGUGCGAUGUCUGAAAACAACCUCAGCUUGGACCAGUGGUCCUCUCAUAGGGGAGGAAUGUCAAAAUCGCCUGUCUUGAAAGAGGAGGAAGGCAGAGCUUUCUUAACUCUGCCCAAACCGAAAUCCUCGCCCCCACCUCGCCCUCCUCCUCCGAAAUGGGACCAGUUCUAUCGACGGAGGGCUUCCCACCACAGCCUCUUCCCGACGUCCACUCCGCCCCGGUCCUCGCCCCUGCACUCCCAGCCGGAGGCCGGCCCUGCCUCACACCUGAGCGCUCCGGAGGUUGGCAGACAACGGGCGUACAGUUUGCCGCCAAGAGAAGGUCCAGUCAGCUGCCCGCCCUGUCAGGAGCGACCUCCUCCAGCCCCCUUCAGCAACCACCACCACUCACAAAGAGCCUUCAGACCUGUGGUCCCGGCCCCAAAGGAGAAAGCCACACCUUUCAUUCCACCUGAGCAGUGCACCCGGUUAUAUGAUGCUGGAACGCAGGAAGAUCAAAGUCCACUGACAGUCCUGAAGCCUGUAUCUUGGAAACACAGGGGCACUGCGGAGUGGGACUGCAGCUCAACACAGGAACACUUCAGCAGGGACAGCAGUCCAGGAAUGCCACCUGGUGCAUCAAUACACAAGGACAAUAACACCUAUGAAAGGGAGCAUACGCCAGAGUCUUACCUCACUAUGGAGCACCUGUUGCCCCAGCAACAGCAGCAUCAGCAGCAUCCACAGAGAAGAGGGUCUGGUACCCCACAGCUAAGCUACAGGCAGCAGGAGCCCCCCAAAACAUGCACCGAGCCUGCUAGACAGGAACCAGAUGCACCCAUUGAGACAGACAUCGAUGACCUAGCUGAAGGGGAGACUCUGGAGGACUGUAAAAAGCCAGAGCUCCAGGGGGAGAUGCAGUGCUUUGCGUGCCCCAUAACUGUGCUGGAGACAGACGUGGACGCUCCUCCACAGACGGAGGCCCCAGAGGUAGAAGUGGUGAGGAUGGGUCCAAAGACAUCUCCAGUGGAACAACUUCCAGUGGAGCGCAGUGGAGGCACACUUGAGAGGUCUUCUGGCCCCGGUUCAGACGGAGGGCAGCCCUAUGGCACCACACAUUACAGAAAGUCUGCUGCUAACACCCAGCUGUUCAACCAAAUGAACGCGUCCCUGAACAUGAGCAACAUUGUGGAUGAGGAGCUCAACUACAAACGACAGCUGAUGGAGAGUUUGCGUAAGAAGUUAACUGUGCUGUUGGAGGCACAGCGAGGCUUGCAGGAGGACAUCAGAGCCAAUGUCCAGCUGGGAGAGGAGAUCGAGGCUCUAGUGAUGACCGUCUGCAAGCCCAACGAGGUGGACAAGUUCCGUAUGUUCAUCGGUGAUCUGGAGAAGGUGGUGAGCCUGCGACUGUCGCUCUCCGGCAGGCUACUGCGCGUGGAGAGUGCCCUAGACUGCCUAGGUAUGGAGGCAGGCCACCACGAGAGGCUCCCCCUGCUGGAGAAAAAGCAGCAACUGCUGCUGCAGCUGGGCGAAGCCCAGGAGCUGAAGGAGCACGUGGACCGGCGGGAGGAGGCGGUGGGGCGCGUGCUGGCCGGCUGCCUCACGCCGGAGCAACUGCGCGACUACAAACACUUUGUGAAGAUGAAGGCCGCGCUGCUGGUGGAGCAGAGGCAGCUGGACGACAAGAUUCGCCUGGGAGAGGAGCAGCUCCGUGGCCUGAGGGAGAGCCUGGGCCCGGGGGGAGUCAUGGACUUUGGGCAUUAGUUAAGGGUUAAGGUCGGUGGUAAAGGUUAAAGGUCAAAGGUCAAGUAGGGCAGGAUGCAGGAGACGUCCGCAGGUUAAUCGGAAAUGUGUGAAAUGAAGAGUGAUUCGCUCCUCAAGGACACUAUAUGUUAUCCUUUCACAUUUAGCUUUUGCAUUUUUGUGCCUUUUUUCACAGGAUUCGUUUGCUAAUAUUGCCAUACAUAUAAGUAGGCACGUCCCAGGAACACUGUAUGUGGCACACAGUAGUUGACUUUUGUAAGAGUUCUCUGCGAGGUGUGCACCCAGAGAUGCCACAUGUUAUAACCAAAGACAAUUAGUGAGAUAUAGUUUGGUUGUGUGCGUCCUUCUGCUCUAAAUUGAAGGUGUGUCAAUGCACUGCUAUUUAUUUAUUUAUAACUGUUGGCUGAGUAGCCAACAGAAACUUGUAUGAUAAGAAAUGAUACGAGGCAGGUUUAUUUAUAGUGCAUUUCAAACACAUAGGACAUUCAAUAUGCUUUGCAAAUAAAAGCAAAGAAGUAAGAAAGAACAAUGAAAACUGGCAACAGCUGGAGCGUCUAUGAUAUCAUCCAGAAGUUGGCUCCUGAGCCCAACUGAGAGCUGAUACAGUGUUGCAAGAAAGAAUGUUCUGAAUUCUCUGCACAUACACUACAAGCCCCUUAAUGACAGUAAACAGACAAUUGGCCGGGUU